CCAGUGGCAGCUGGCAUGAAUUUCACAAACCCAACACCCACUUCUCCAUCUCAAUUUUCCCAUAAAUUCCUUCGGCUUUGAUUUUGAUUCCCCACAAAGGAAAAAGGAGAGAGAGAUUCACACCCAGAAAUGGAAAGGCUAACCGUCAUGAAAAGCUUCAACAGACCCUUGCCUCCAUCUCCCUACUGUUCCUACCUUCCAAAAACAGCCCCACUCAGGGAUGCGUCUUUCUCCGCCUACCUCAACCCCGACGGCCUCACUUCCGCCCCCAAGAAGGACGUCCCAGCCAUCGCCGAGGACUCCGAGAUCAGCAUUUUCGAUGCCCAGAAGUACUUCAACGAGAGCAGUGAACAUCAGCAGAGGGAGAGCAAGAGGGUGGCGCUGGUUGGGGCGGAGCAUUGCGAGUCCCAGUUCGUCACCAGGACGUCUUCGGUGUCGUCGGUGGAGGGGUACGGGAGGAACUACCGGGCCCGGUCCUUCCACGCCACCCCGACGGCCUCGUCGGAGGCGAGCUGGAACAGCCAGACGGGGCUUCUGUGUAAUCCUCCGGGGACGAUUGGUGUCAGCGUGAGAAGCAUAGGUAGUGAGAAGAAGAAUGUGUGGGGUAGAAAAUGGUUUUUUGGGAGAAAAUGCCCGUGUUCGGGGAAGAAAGCGGUUGAGAUUCAGGAAAAAGUGUCAGAGCCCAGGUCACCAAUCCGCCUGAAUCAUAAUCUUGGAUCGGAUCCCAAGAGGCCGACAGAAAGAUUGAGUGGAAACACCCUGCAAAAAGUGUCCAAAAAGUCAGCAAAAAGUCUCGACAGUCCGCACGGCCACGGCCGGGACUGGGCAGACAGGCAUGAUUUGAUUCCCAGUCCUCCCAAAUUCCCACCGGCAACCCAUUUUCCCUCCAACCAAUUGGCUCGCAGGGUGUUGGCCUCCGGAACUGGAUUUUCAUUCCCCAUUCUCAGCCAAGCUCCGCCGGUGAAGUUGGUGUUCACCUCCGCACGUAAUCCCAUUCCCCUUGAAGACCCUCCGCGCGACUCCUUGGAGAUUUUCCGCCCCUCCGACGACUGCAUUUCCCGGAAAUCAACCGACAGUAUCCCACCCCGGAUCUUCGCAUCCAAUCCGGCAGCUGCGGAACGGAGGAGCUUCACGUUUUCGGCGAGCCCUAAGUCGCGGGGCACGGCCAUGGACGACGACGUGGCAAGCGAUGCCAGCUCGGACUUGUUCGAGAUCGAGAGCUUCACCACCCAGACGACCACCACCACCGCGACCAACUACCCAAUGUACCACCGCCGCGACUCCCUCGACGAUGCAUCCCGGCGGUUCGGGUAUUGCCGACGGAGCCUGGACGAGCCAGCCACUCCGUCCGUCGCCCCGACGGAGUGCUACGAGCCGAGCGAGGCGUCCAUUGACUGGAGCGUGACCACGGCCGAAGGAUUCGACCGUGGCAGCGUGACGAACUUCUCGGUGUCGGCAUCAGACAUAGUAGAUGAUGUGACAUUAAUGAGACAGGAGUUACAGAGACUGGGCAAUGGCGGCUUCAACGACAACGAUGGGGGUGGGGGCGGGAGACGACGGGGGAACGGGAUGCUGAUGAGCUGUCGAUGCGAGAAGGCGGUGAGCGUGGGGCCGGGGCCGACGCCGGUGAAGGAGGGACAGUGGGGAAGAGGAGGGGGGCCAGGGUACAUAGGUAGCUCAACGUCUAGGCAUGUGAGUAGUAGGGCAGGGGUGGUGAAUAAGCCACCCCUCGCAAGGUCUCAUUCCGCUCGCUUGUCCCUAACUUUUGCAACAUAGGGAGAGCCCUCUCCUCCCUCACUGUUUCCACAUUCUUAAAAAAUAGACAACACUCUUAUCCACCGCCUUCUGCUUGUACUCUUCUUCACUACCUUGUAUGC